AUGGAGUUGAAAUAUAUUUUAGUGGUGGUCUUAUUAAGUGCGGGGGUCGGUGGUGAGUUGUGUCCGAAGCAAUGUGACUGUGACAUGGACAAUGGGUUGAACAGGGCGAUGUGUGUCGAUCAAAACAUUAUCACCAUUGAGAUGGGAGUGCCCAAAGCAGUGCAAGUGUACAGUUUGAGUCAUAAUGUUAUUAGUGAAUUGGAUAACUUUUGUUUUAAGGACUUGGGCUAUACAUCGCUUCAAAUGCUGGAUCUCUCGAAUAACCUGAUAUUCUGGAUUGGUCUGCAUGCUUUUUCGGGAUUGGAUAAAUUAGUACAUUUGGAUCUAAGCACCAACAGAUUGAGAUACAUUCCUUCCGAUCUAUUCUUCGAGACGCCAGAAUUGGACACGUUGGACUUGUCAUCGAACGUGUUUGAAAGUCUUAAGAAUGAACCCUUUUUGAUGCAUUCAAAACUAAAGGUAUUAAAUCUUAACAAUUGCCGCAUUAAGGCGUUACCGCCGCGAUUAUUCAACCGACUACCGAAUUUAAGAAAACUAGAUUUAAGCGAGAACUAUGUAACAAGUUUAAAAACAGAGGUUCUGACACCUUUACGUAAACUAGAGAGAAUACAACUUCGCAACGAGUUCUGGCUAUGCAAUUCAGAUUUCAUAGCAGUGGAAAAUUGGAUAGCAUCUCGAGGUAUCACUUAUCAAAAACAGUGCAAGAAAAAGGAACCAAAAAUGUCCGAGAAGAUGAUAUUCCUAGUACCAGAUGUGAAGAAAAAGGAAGUCGACGUAAGCGACAUAUGGAACAUAACGACAGAGAAAAAUGAUUCUGCCGUGGAACACACUAACAAACCAAUUACACCAUUUCAAAAAUUUGAUCAAGACUUUUCAGCAGUCAAAGCUUUCAUACUCGGCAUCGAAAUAGGCUUAGCAAUCGGAAUAGUGGCAACAUACGUUUGGUUGAAUAGAUUCUGUACAUGUCGUGCAUUACGAUGUACUCGGCCACAGACAAGGAGACAAAGAAGACGUAGAAUGCAAAGAUUUGACGGGGACAUGAGAACUAAUUUAUUGUGGACUACUGUUGUGAAUCCGGACUUGGAGAGUCCGCCCUCAUUCCGGAGACAGCUCUCCUUGCCUGAUAGAAGUGCACCAUUCCCAACGUACGGUCUGCCGAAUGUGACUGAAGCCCCAUUACAAAUAGAUGCGAUACGUGUUCCGGAUCGUAGCGAGACACCGCCGCCGCCAUACCAUGACUGCCGCAUUAUUAUUUGA